UUAGUGAUUUUUCUUAAAUGUGAAUUGCAAAACAGAAAGAGGCAUUUUGUUGAUUGCCAUGAAAAUUCCUCCAAAGAAACCUCAAUUUUUCAAACCCAUUCAAAAAGGUUUCAAGCAUGGUCUUUACUGCAGAAAAUUCCUAUAGGUUUCUUGAAGUAUCUGAAGGGACAUGAUCAGCAUGAACAUGCAAUACUGAGAAGGGCGGGUAAAACGUGGUUGGUGAUGGUGAACGGCUGGCGAUUAGAAGAGGGUUGGAAAAAGUUUGCUAAUGAGAAUGAUUUGCAAUUGGGAGACAUGUUGGUGUUUAGACAUGAAGGAGACAUGGAAUUUGAAGUUUCCAUCUUCGAUUCGAGUCAUUGUGACAGAGAAUAUGCAGAGUAUCUUCAACAAGAAGCAGGAUUCAAUAAUGUUGAAGAGACUUGCAAUAAAUUUAAAUUCGAAGGAAAAUCGAACCUCUGCAUCAUGUCAUCAGGCGAGGCGUUCCCCUGUGCAGAAGCUGAUACUUACAACCCUUGCAGUCUAUCUCAUUUUGAGUGCAUCGUCAAACCAUAUUGCGUUACACAUAGUUACUUGCGCCUUCCUAAACUCUUUGCAAUGGAAAACGGUCUCUUCAACAAGAAAUGUGAUGUGAUUAUCAGAGAUGAAAGACAAAGAUCAUGGAACUUAAGGCUAGCUACCCACGAUUGUAGAGUCCAUCUAUUAGGUGGAUGGCGUGAGUUCCGCGUUGCGAAUGACUUAAACGAGGGAGAUUAUAUGAUGUUUGAGGUUAUUGCUAAUGGAGAAAAACCAAUAUGGGAAUUUCGCGGCAAACCAAACCCCAACAUCGUGUCAACAAGAAAGGCUUUUCCGAAGGAAGAAUUUGCUACUUGCAGCUCAUUUGGUCAAUCUCAUCUUGAGUGCAUUGUCAAGCCGUAUUGCCUUUCAAGAAAUUACUUUCGUCUUCCUAGAGGAUUUGCUCGGGCAAACGGACUCAUCAAUAAGAAAUGUGGUUUGGUUAUUAGAGAUGAAAGACAAAGAUCAUGGAAUUUAAGGAUUGAUACCUAUGGUUAUGGAGUCUAUAUUGCAAAGGGAUGGCGUAAAUUUCGUGUUGAAAAUGACUUGAAGGAGGGAGAUUGCAUGAUGUUUGAGGUUGUUUCUAAUGGCGAAAAAACAACAUGGAAAUAUAAUGGUAAAAAUUCUAGGAAGGAUGCCAAGCAUCAAAGAAACCAAUUGACAAGAUAAUAUGAAGCAGUUGGUGAUGGGCAAGCACUGAAGCAAGUGAAUGUAAUGUUUUUGGAUCUUGUACAUUUUGCCUAUGAUUGUUGCUUGGACUCUUCAAAAUUGUCGAUGCGUACUUGUCGUAUCCUUUAAAAGUAAUGCAUUUCUGAUAGAUCUGGUACAAGUGCAGCAACAUUUUAGGAGAGUCAGAGUAACAACAUUUUGCUAAAUAUGUUGUAUGAUGUGUCGUACCAUCUUAUUUUGCUUUCUCUGUUUCAUUUUA